UAUUGCGUGGUCCGAGGGCUCACCUGCGUGACACAAAGUACAUCAGGAAAUUAAUACUGUGAGAACGGCAUCCGCGCCGAUACAGCUGGUCAAGCCUGCAGCCUCCCCGUAAGGGCAGCCCACUCGUCGCUCCCGAUUGACGUAGCUGUCUGGCGUUCCGUGUGGCGGCGCCACCGGUGCCGGAGCAGCUCGAUGACGAUGUACGACGGUGGCUCGGCGCUCUACUCUGUCAGCCCCGGCGGCGGCGGCUGCUGUUCGGGUUUGUGUCGCGUGGCCCUCAUGUUCAUCACCGUGUUGAGCAUGACCUUCACCAUCGGCACGCUCAUCAUCGCCGGCUCGGCGCUCUACAACAUCUACAACGAGCCGGCGCUGUACGCGGUGGACCGGCAGGGGCUGAUCCAGCUGUGGAUCCUGGUGGCGGGCGGCGCAAUCGGCGUCUUCACCAACAUCUGCGGCUUCACCGGCGCUCUGCUCCGCGUCAGGUGUCUGCUGCUGGGGUACGCCCUGGUGACGGGCCUGGCGGUGGGUGCCCACCUGGUGGUGGUGUACAUGCAGCGCUCCGCCGGCGACCGGCGCCACAUCGGCCGCCUCAACAUCACCGACGACCCGCACAGCGUCUGGACCGUCGAGAUGAACGCCUACGCGGCCGAGCAGGUGCUGAAGCGCGUUCGGACGGUGCCGAACAACUCGACUGUCGCCACGAAUAACAUCAACAACACCAUCAACAACUUACGCGUCAAGCUCGCUCCGGACGCCAAGUCCGUCAAACAGACGGCGCUCAGCACUGUCAACACCAUCCAGUCGUUCCUGAAGUGCUGCGGUAAAAGCUCCGUGGAGGAUUACAUCCAGGAAAACGUGACCAUCCCCGAGUCAUGCUGCAAAUCCAGCGCAGCGUGCAAUGCCACUCUGCGGCAGGAACCACGACUGAACUUGAAAGUCGUCCGCGAGAUGUCGCACCCGCAGGGCUGCGGACCCUUCCUGCACGCGGCGCACGCUUUCGUCGUGACCGUGAUCACGUGGGUCAGCUACGUGGUGGCUGGCUCGCAGCUGUGCGGCGCCGUCAUCGCCAUGACGCUGGCCUUGUUCUGCAUGAAGUAGCGCCGGGCGCAGCGGUGGCCGGCAGACGCCAGCCGUGCGGCAGUAGCCGCUGCCGGUCGAGGAAGCCGUGCGGCGGUAGCCGGCGCCAGUCGUGGAAGCCGUGCGGCGGUAGCCGGCGCCGGUCGUGGAAGCCGUGCGGCGGUAGCCGGCGCCGGUCGUGGAAGCCGUGCGGCGGUAGCCGGCGCCGGUCGUGGAAGCCGUGCGGCGGUAGCCGGCGCCGGUCCUAGAAGCCGUGCGGACCAACUCGGCGGUGGCCGUAUGCGGGCAGGGUUUGGACACUGCUGCUGCUGUUGCUGCUAGAGCCAGCGAGGUUCCCGUUUGGCCUACACCUUACCUGAGCAGUACGUCUAAAUAAAUGAUGGAAAAUUGUGCCAAGCUAUCGUCUCAAUCACAUUUAAAGGGGUCCUCGUGUUAGGGUGACCACCUCUUAGCUGUUGCCAUUUAAGCCGAACAAAUAGGCAAUACAAAUCGAUCGUACUCACA